AUGCGAGCUGAUACAUAUGAAAUACAUUUUCCAAUGUUAGUAGAUCGUGCUUUUGAAAUUUUAUCUGGUUUUCGAAAUACUCGUACAUAUAAUUGUAUUAAAAUAAAAAAUUUACAAACAAGUAUUAAAAUAAAUUUGGCUAUAUUAUCUGAACAUAUUAAAUCGAAAAUGAAUACAAAUAGUUAUACAGGAUAUAUGCAAAGAAAUCCUCAAUUAGCUCUUACGAAAAUAAUGGAAGAAUAUUGGGAAUUAGUAGCAGCUAGUGAAAAUAAUAAAAUUUAUGAAUGUAGUGAUUUAUUUGUUCAUAUUUUAAUGUAUUUAAAUAGAAUAAGUUUAUCAAUAGAAGAUAUAUUAAAUGAAUUAAAUAAACGACGAUGGACAUUAAAAACAUUAAUUCAACGAAAUGAUUUAUAUGAUGAAAAUCAAAAGGAAAUUCUUAUUGGAAUAACAAAUUCAAAAUAUUUUGAUAAAACAGAUAAAUUUGCUGAAGAUGAUUUAGGUAUUAAAAUCAUUCGAUAUUCAAAUAGAAAUCUUUUAGUUAAAGGAGAAAUUGUUAAUCAAGAGAAAUUUUCAAAAUAUUUUCCUUAUGAUAAAUAUAUCAAAUUAUUAUUAUUACCUUGUAAACCAAAAGAUAUGAUUUGGUUAUUAGCAUCAAAACGUCUUACACAUAUAAUUACUUAUGAUACCAUUAUUGAAAAUUAUCCGAAAAUUUCUACUCUUAUUCAUCAAAUAAUUGAUCCAACUAUUUGUAUUGCUUUAAUAUCUCGUCAAGAAGAUAUAAUAGAACCAAAUAAAUGGACGAAUACAAAUAAACCAUUAAUUGCUUCCGAAUAUAUUUGUCAAGUAACAAAAUAUUUUCAAGAUAAUUCUAUUAAUCCUGAUCAAUACUAUUUAGAUAAAAUAACAAGAUCAUCUGAAGCAUUUUUAAUUAAUACCAACAAAUAUUUAUUAGCUGAUGCUGUUGUACAAACUGGAAAAACUAUUCAAGAAAAUAAUUUACGUAUAUGGAAUAUAAUUAUAUCAAAAGGGCAAAUACAUAUUGGACUUUAUGAAUAUUUUAAUUAA